GAGAAACUGACACGUGGAUCAUUAACACUCCCUGAAAGAAAACCCAAGACUGGCAACAACAUUAACACAUUUCACACCGCCCGCCUUCGCUCUUUUGCGUGCCCAUUAAUUCAGGUUUCGUCGCUUGUCUGGGAAUGUUUAUUUCACAAAAGACAUGAGCCAUCGCCCAGAUCAAGUUGGUCCUGUUUUUCGUUUCUGGUGAUUUCAGGCUGUAGGUAUAGUCGCUGAAAAAAAAAAUAUAUCGCUCGUUGAAUGGCAGUUGUGCAAAAACAUGGCAAGAACGCUAUUUCGGACCUGUCUAACCUCAAAGCAAAUGCUCAGAUUGUCUUUGGGGGAACUGGAAUUCAAAAAAAGAGGACCGAGAGUAAUCCCAUCUAUUGGCCCAGGCCGUUAGCUCGAGUGUGGACCGUAGUACUUCUGCUGGGAACAUGCCUGCUGUACUGCGCCAGGGUGGCAAUGCCCAUCUGCGCUGUCUCCUUGGCAGAGCAAUUCAAGUGGAGCAAAAAGGAGUCUGGCAUCGUUCUGGGCAGCUUUUUUUGGGGUUACUGUUUUACACAGGUCAUUGGCGGCUACAUAAGUGAUAGGGUCGGAGGGGAGAAGGUCGUCCUGUUGUCCGCUGCAGCCUGGGGGUCGAUGACGGCCUUCACUCCUGUCCUGGCUCACCUCUGCUCCCGGCCCAUAGUGUCCAUGACCCUCUCCAGGUUUCUCAUGGGUCUGCUGCAAGGAGUUCAUUACCCAUCUCUGGCGAGCCUUUGCUCUCAGAAGGUGACGGAGAGUGAGAGAGGCUUCCUAAUGAGCACAGUGGGCAGUGGUUCUUACUUAGGGACCUUAGUGAUUGGAGGUGCAGGAUCCCUAAUACUGGACCUGUAUGGCUGGGAAAGUGUUUUUUAUGUUUCUGGUCUGUCCGCUGUUCUCUGGGCCUACUGCAUGUGGAAAUACCUCUUAAAAGGAGAAGGUCCUGUCAUCUUACUAGAGUCCUUCGGGAAUGGAGUCGCACAGUCCAAAAUGUCAAAGAGGCAUUGGCUUCGACUGUUCAGACAGCCCUCAGUGUGGGCAGUGAUCAUUACUCAUCUCUGUACAGCAAGCACCUUUUUCACACUGCUGUCAUGGCUACCAACGUUCUUCAAAGACACCUUUCCAGACUCUAAGGGCUGGAUUUUUAAUGUUAUCCCCUGGUUUGUUGCCAUCCCAUCUUCCCUGUUCAGUGGCUGUCUUUCUGAUCACCUCAUAAAGCAAGGGUUUGAUACCGCCCAAGUAAGGAAAUUAAUGCAGUUCUUUUCAAUGGGAGUUUCAAGUGUAUUCACCCUGCUCUUGUGUGGCACAACCACCUUUCCUAUGGCCAUUGCCUUUGUAUCUGCUACAAUGGGACUCACCACAUUCAGCCACAGUGGGGUCUCUGUAAAUGUGCAGGAUUUGGCGCCCUCUUGUGCUGGAUCCUUGUUUGGUGUAAUGAAUACAUGUGGAGCAUUUACAGGCGUGAUUAUGGUGUAUUUCGCCGGAUACCUCAUUGAAACCACCAACUCCUGGGCCUCCGUUUUCGCCCUGAUCUCAGUGGUGAAUCUGCUGGGGCUGGGAAUGUUCCUGAUGUUUGCUGAGGCCAGGCGAGUGGACAUAGAGACCAGCAAGUCAAAAUACCACAGUAUCCACAUCUGAGGGAAGCACAAGCAGUUGGCUCCAAAUUUAGUCUUCCGCUUGAUAUGCUGCAACUGAAAGCUGGCUUCAGUAAAAAAACAAUGCAAGUGCAAAAAUCAAUGAACCAUAAAAACUGCAAGAGUUGUAUCAGGGGUAUGAACAAGUUUGGAGCCAAGUGCACCUCUCCAUGACAUUGCAAAUACAACAGGCGUCUGGGAGUUUUUGGCCUUAGUUGUUCAUUUUCAGUGGUCUUUAAAGCACCACAAGGCUGAAAACAGUUUCCUUUUUUGUUACUGAACAAUCUUUACCAUACACAUGUUUCAGGAAUGGACCUUGUACCUGAAAGAGAUUGCCAAUACUGUUUAUUAAGUUUACAGCUUAUAGAUGUACUAUCAAUGCAAUGAUGGUGUGUGGGACAGAGCUAGCAAAGUCUUGGGCCUAAAGACUGUCAAAUACUAAAGGGGAACAUAAAGAACACCCUUUAUCUUCCUAUUAAAACACCUCCUGCAGAAGGAACCUACCCAGUAAAUGAAUACCUUUAGCUUUGUAAGCAUAAGUAAAAAUGUCUAAAUGGAUCACAAAUAAAAUUAAUCUCAAUCAAUUUAAUAUAUACGCACAGUUAAAUGUUUACCGGAUUUAGCUGUUUCUAAUACAGGUCUUGUUCAAAACUGGCCAUUCUUUCAUGAGGAAAUGCGCGCUGGAACAGUUUUAGGCUUUGUCAGCGUCUGUCCUUAUCAAGCUUCAAUCCUUGUCAGCAAUAUUUUGCUCUAAAGUGGAUGUUGUCUGAAAGUAUUUUUUUUUAGAUCAGGAUUUUGAACUCAUGUGCAAUGAAUCCAAGUGAGGAAGACCAAAGAAAUUACUUGAUAUAUCUGAGAACAUGUACCUAUUUAUUGUGCACCAAAUAGAUGAACAUUCCAUUAAAUGUAAGGCCGUCAUCUUAAAUAAAGAAUUUGUUAGAUUAUUAAUGCAGGGAGCAACCUUAUCAUCACUGUGAAGAUGGGGUAAGGCAUGACUUCAAAGUUAGCAAAGCAGUAAAGCUUUUCAUCUAGUAUCCUAGACAGAUAGGUAUACAGUACGUGCUUUCCUGCUUAUGUGUAUUUGUCCUCUGUAAUGGCUCUCACACACAUGGAAUUGGGAAACGGGAAAAGAUUUAUGAUGGCAUAGUAAGAGCACCAGGAAUAGGAGUAUGAGGAAGUGAAGUUGUUCUUUAAAUUGCCUUGUUCUGUCACAAAAGUUGAAACAAGAAAAAAAACAUAUAAUUCAGCCUGAGUUCUGCUACUGUACGUCCUUAUGAUGACAGAGUUGACAGAAUAGAAAUUUCCAAAUUGUCUCAGGUGUCAUAAGACAGUGUUUUUAUUAUAAGAAAAAACUUCACUCUACUUAGUAAAGGGGAGUGGAUUAAACAGAAAUAAGUAUCCACACUAACUACAGUAAAUUCACGCCUGUUCAAAUCUCGUAACCCCUAAUGAAAGGUGCAACACUACCCAAUUUAUCUAACUGUCUAAGACAUUAUAAGGUGAUGAUAUUCAAUGAGAAAAAGUGCACAUGUCCUUUGUGAACUACUUGUCACAUCCUGACGGAUGAAACACACUGGGUAAAAACAUAUUCCUGGACGUUUUGCUCGUGUAAAAUCGAUGAGUGGAUAAGGGUUUGCCAGUUUUAAGCACACUAUACAGUACAGUGCCACAGCUCAAUGAAAGAAAUGGGGAACAUGCUUCAGGCAUGCCAAAGACUGGAAUGUUACAACAUGAAGUAGCUAGGGCAUUAAGUUUCAAUUCACCAACAUUAUCGACUGCAGCCUAGAGGAAGUAUUUGUCAUAGUCUAGCAUCAGUUCUAUUUGCGUUGUCUAGGAUCAAGAAGCCAAUGAACUGCACACCCAUAGUCUCACAUUUUCCAACAUGCUUAUUCUUCCAGCUACACUGUUAGUCUGACAUCCUUGUUCAGUUGCUUUUAUGGAAAAUAAAAGCAGGUGGACCGUGACAGGACAAAUUAGAACACUGCUCCAGGCUCUGAUCCAUAGUGUAGAGAAUUUGAGUCAGGCACGCUGGAUCAGGUUAAAAAAAGUGAAUGAGCGUUUAUAUCUGUCUAGAAGGACUGUGUAAUGGUACACAAUGGCUGCAUAGCAAUGCAAAAGAAUCUAAAAGGUUUUUCGUAUAUAUAGACACUAGAAAGGAUUGUUUUUCUCAAUUGCAUGUAGUUUUUAAAAUCACGCCAUGUAUAGAAAAAUACUUAUGUUUUGUAGAAGUAUAUUUAUAUUAAAAUAAUAAUUAUCCUAUUAUAUUAUUUGAUAUUGAAUUAUUUUUUUUCAUGGCAGUAUUAAAUUGUAAAAUGCUGUAAUAGAAUAUAUAUGUUGUCAUACCUUGUUUUAAAACUAAACAUAAUGUUCAAUCAAUGUUAGGUUAUAAGAUGACAAUAGUUCAAGGAAGCCAUAGAAUGCUAUGGAUAUUUAUUAGGAUUGUUUCUUUAAGCCAUUUAUUAUUCUAAAAUAUUUAAAUAUUUAAAAAACUGAGUAAGUUGCAGAAAAUCAUUGAUGUUGACAUUUAAACUAAGAAUACACAGGUGGAUGUAUUUAGCCACACUGUUGAAGUCCAUUCCAUUGCUUAUUUCAAGAUAGAGCUUGACGAGACCCUUAGAUCAGCUACCUACUAGCAACCAAAUGGGUCAAAUGGCCUUUUCUUAUUGCAGUCUUUCUUAUGUUUUCAUUUCUGAGCCAUUGUUAUGUGUUAGUUUCUGUGACAAAUUAUUCAUUUGUCAACACAGAGGUAAGACCCUAGUCCUCACUUUAGAGGAAAAAUCUGAAUUUAUCCUGUGUGAUGAUGAAUUUGUUUUGAAAUGUUUUUAGGUUAUAAUCUGUUGUAUUUUAUAUCUUUCUGUAAUUUUCUCUUUACAGCGCAGAUAGCUCUUAGAAAUGUGUUUAUAAUUUUUUAUUCUGGCUAAACUAUUAUUUUCAAAGCCUUAUGGGUCAAUAUACAUAAUAAAACAUAUGUUUCAGUAUUCUUCGCGGAAUCUGAAAAACACCGGCAAAAAAACCUACAUGUAGACUAUAAUUUAAUUUGUCACUGUUUCCGAAUAUCUGCUAAAAAAUUUUGCCGACUGUAGAUUGCAUGUUAAUUACAAUGAAGAAAUGAAUAAAUUACAGUGAAUAAUUAUAGUAAUAAAAUACAUUACAUUUCAUUUGAACUUUUUUUAAUGACUAGAUAAAGCUUGCUUUGUACAAUGUCUGUCUUCUGGAAGCAGGACUUCAACUGUAGCUCGCCUUCAGAGUUUAUAUUGUACUAUAUAAAUUGUCUAAUUCUAUUAUACCAACACUGGUUUACCUAGAGACAUUCUGAUUUCCUUAACAACAAGAGAUUUUGUCUGAUGGCAGGAAUCUCCAGUAUCAUCUGAGAUGCAAUUUAGUUAAAAAUAAAUCUGUGCAAAUCUAUUUAAUUCACUAUUAGCCUGUUACAUAGCAGUCUUCUAAAAUGCUUUGAGUAGGGAACUAUAUCAGUGUUUGGGCUGUUAGGAAGCAAGUUGAGGUUAAUUCCAUGCUCUAAAGUGACACCUGAAGAGGACUCAACAACGGGGAAUUAACAUUUACUUAGUCUUCUAAAACGAUGAGUCACAUGGUAAAAUCUCUGCAUAACUUGGGUGUAAAGAUUUUGGGGAGGAGAACAUAAAGUUACUGUUAUUUUAAAAUUGUAAAUAUGUAUUUCGAAACAUUUAUAAAAUGUUUAAGUACCAUUAUUUUUGGUUGCAAAUCAUUUCUAUUUGUAAGCAAAUUUUGUUGAACUCUAAAUAAAAUAUAUAUUUUGUUAAAUGUAA